AUGUCUGAACCAACCAAAGAAUCCAAGCCAAAGCCUUGUUGCGUCUGUCUCGAUGAGAAGAAGGUCCGUGAUGAGUGUCUUUUGUUCAACGGACAAGAGGGUGGCAAGUGUCAGGACUUGAUUGAGAAGUACAAAGUUUGCAUGAAGGGCUACGGUUUUGAGACCAGAUAA